AAGCACGUCCGUGUUGCUACUGUUAUCACUACUGUUGCUACUGUUAUCAGUACUGUUGUUAGAUACACCAAGCAGCUGCUAAGUGAAACAUUGUUAAGGCUUCUUUCCUCGGUUGUUGUGUAGAGGACACUUGUAGGUGUUCUCUCCACCUCAACCAGCAGUCACCGCUGCAACAGCCCACUGCACAACACUCGCCACCCAACUACAUCUCUGUGCAUGUCUCUCGACUUGUUAAUUCAGUACUGUGAAGUACCGGACGAGUAUAAGGGAAAGUGUUGCUACUUUGGACGGGUGUUUGAGAAAGUGUUGCUACUUUGGACGGGUGUUUGGGGAAGCGUUGCUACUUUGGACGGGUGUUUGGGGAAGUGUUGCUACUUUGGACGGGUGUUUGGGGAAGUGUUGCUACUUUGGACGGGUGUUUGGGGAAGUGUUGCUACUUUGGACGGGUGUUUGCUACUCUUAGUGAUUUACGUACUGUUUAAAAAAAAUAGCACGGUGAGAAAUGAUAAAUAUAUAAGAUAAGGAUAAAUUAAAAAUAAUGCACAUAAACAUAGUACUAUAAAAUUUAUUAAACUAUUUAAGUAUUUGGUUCCUUAUCGCACUCUCAGUAUCGGAAGAUAUUCAACAGUAUGACUGAAAACCAAUAAUCAGCAAAUGAAAUAAAAUACAAAAUAUAUUAAUUUACAUUAGUUGUGUGUGACAAUUCACAAACAAAAUUCAGAUGUUUGGGUUUCUGGAGUUGGUAGAGGCAAUGGAGAGAGGCGCUGGGGAAGGUGGACAUGGUCCCACGCUAGAAAAAAGGCAAUUAUGCAAAACUAAAAUAGAAAAUGCAGCCUGUGUGACAGAGCAAGAUUUAAAUAUGAACCCUGACAGUGAAAACCACCCAUCCAUACCAACUACACAAGGUUUAAAGUGCAAGGCAGAGGAGUUUACAUUGCCCAAUGGGACAGCAGAUGAACCCAACUCUGAAAUAAGAACGAGAGAGAGAAGGGACACCUCAACGAGGAACCAGAGGCGACCUUGUGGGACGCUCCUACAUGACGAUGGACACAUGGUAGGACAGAACAGUGCUGUAGGUGGAGAUAAAGUAGAAGCAAAACUUGAGAAAGCCACGGUAGGAGAAACUAUACUGGGAAAGACAAUAGCAGAAAAGGUAAAGAGGCGAAGAUAUGUUAUAUAUAGAACAGCCAACCAUGGACAUCGACAGACAUUACCAGCAUAUCAGUUUCUUGGUAAUAAUCAAAGUUUUCAUGAUGCAAAGGAAAGUGAAUAUAGCAAGCUAGGGGGCUGGAGGGGUGUGUCUGGCGAAAAUUAUCUUCAGUGUCAGAAACAGUUUUUACCUGAACUCAGGAAAUUUCAAAACACUGGUCAAAUAUUUGCUUUUCAUUGCCAAAAUCAACAGCUUCCACACAAUGAGCAUAAUUUUCAAAACAAGUGUCAACAGCUUAUAUCAGACGAGAGGGAAUUCCAAUAUGACAACACAGAUCAUGUGCUGUAUGAUCAUCAUGGUCUUUACAAACACCAGCAUUACUCUGGUCGCCAUCAGGAAUGUAUUGUGGGUACGGGGCAAUGUUCUCCAGUCAAGAAAGAUAAAAUAAUGGAUGACCUUGAUGAAAGCUGCACGAGCGAGUCUAAAAACACCAACAAGCGUAAAUUUCCUCACGUGAAUCUAGAGGUUCCUAAAGUUGCUGUCUCAGGAGAUCCUUGUUAUUCAUAUUCCAAAAAUUUUCCUCUUGAAACUGCUUUUCACCAGAGUACCAGACAUUGUGCUCCACAGGACACCCAGUCUGAUGCUGCAAGUCACUCGGGAAGAUCUUCAAAACACCUCAGGUUGGGACACAACGAGAUCCAUCAAAGAAUUAAACCUUUCAUGAACAAUCACUUCUUCAAUACUGCUACACUUAUCAAAUCAGGCUCCUCAAAAAAUGACAGUCUCAGACACACAACUGAUGGCUGGAUACGAGGAUAUAAUGGUGAGAGUGAACUAGGCUGGGAUUUUGAGGACUAUCCUUGGAAGGGCGGUAGAAACUCGAGUGUGUUCAGAGACUGGAGUUGUGACAUGACUGUUGGUGCAGAAGCAAACACAGACUUUCACGAUGAUACGCAGGAAAUCCAGAGAACAAAUGGACGACAUACCAACAACCUGGCCUCGAGUCAAUAUAAUGUACAACAGCAACACACUGGGUGUAACAUCUUGCCCACCUUGCAUCAGUAUCAUGUGAAACAGGAACACACUGGGUACAAAACUUCACAGAAAAUGAGCCACAAAAAUAGAUGUUGCAGCUCCCACACCAUUGAUGAAGCCAGAAAUAGCCUCGGAGAGACGGCAGAGGAAAGCGAGAAAUUUAAUAGAGGGAGACAGUAUAAGGUUGUGGUGGUGGGUAUUGAUGCAGAAAUGAAGAGAGUCCGACAGGAAGUCAACUCAACACAACAUAAAUCACGCAACACUUCACAAGGCCUGCCUACUUUCACCUGUGAGUUACGUAAAGUGAGGUCCCAAGGGGUGGCCUCUCAGACACGCUACCAUCGUCUCCAUGCACAAACCAGACCCUACCCUUGCUGUCACUGUCCCUCCAGGUUCAACCAGCUUGUCCACCUCCAGAUACACCAGAGGACUCAUACUGGAGAGAAGCCUUUCUGUUGUCACACUUGCGGCUCCAGAUUUAACAGAAAAGACAGGUUAAAGUGCCAUGAGAGGAUUCACACAGGAGAGAAACCCUAUCCAUGUCCUCAGUGUGAAAGCAGCUUCCAAACGGUUACCUCCCUCAGAGUCCACCUCCAUACCCACAAUCCUCAAACACACUAUACCUGCAGGAUCUGUCAUGCCAUUUUCACCCAUCUCUCCACCUUCACUGCCCACUGGAGGAUGCAUGACUGUGGUUCAGACCUGUCUGCAAAUGAUUGUACUGACAAGGCUAAAGAAGGCCCUAUCAGUAAAUAGGUAUUUAGUUGUUAAGUUUACUGCUGUAAGUCUCUAAAUUGAACAUCAUAAUAAAGGCACCUUCAAGGGAUGUGCCUUGAUGCCAGUGAAAGGCUUUUAAUUCAAAGAACUGGACUCAUCCUUCCCUUCCAUGGAUCAAACCUGAAUGCCUCCCAUUUCCCAAGUACUGAAUGACUUAAACAGAUUUAGAACUUAACAACUCUAACUACUACACUGCACAGUUAGUAAUAAUAUUUAUGCUUAAUACAAUACAAUAAAUGGAUUUAUAAUACUGUAAUAAAGAAUAAAAAAGGAACAUUAUACAACUAACCUACAUUUAAGAAAUACUUUUAACAUUUCGGUUCAACUUGGACUAUUAACAAGCCCCACUUAUUAAUGGUCCAAGUCGGACUGAAACACUGUCAUAAGUUUUAGUUUCUUAAUUGCAAGUUAUUUGUGCAUAGUACUGUAAUACAUAUAUUAAACAAAGCUCCUGAAUAAUUAUAGUCACAGGGAGGAACUAAACCCAUAGGUCAUACAGAGCCUGAGGGAUAGAAAGCAAUCAGUUAUGAUCCAAGGGGAGGUAAAGUUUCAAUUCUUUGGAACAUGAAUCCUUCACAAGCCUCAAAAAAACUGUCUUGAAGGGACAGUUUCUAAAAAAUAUAUCUCAGUAUCAUUUUUACGUUGAGUUUUAUCUCCUGAACAAUAGUGAUGAUACAAACAAGAAUGGUUCCUCCCCUAAUUUUUUUAUACGUAUAGUAUUCAAAAGGAAACACUACUCUAGUAGUUCAGACAUUGCCUCUUCUUGUUAUAUUCAUGAAAAGCAGUGAACCUACAGCCUGGGUGAUCAAAUGCUACACAGGCCAAAUACACUAAGGAAUCUGAAAUAAUCAUAUUUAAUCCACGUAAAAGGGUAGCCCCUGUCUCUGAUCAAAAGACCUUCAUUAGCAUCAAGACAACCCCUUGAAGGAAGGGCAGGUUGCAGAUGAUGCUACAAGAGACAGUGUGUAUUAAGUGUAGGACCAUCGCAGAUGACUGACUUAUAAUGAACACGUAUGUCAUACAAAAUCAGACAAAACUGAUUGGUCCUGGGGGCACAAUAUCACCACCUUGCUGAUUAAUGCCUCAUAUGCUGUAACACUAAGUACAUACUGUAUGGCGGAAGACAGUAAAGAGCAAUGAUUUCAUUCUUUUUAUUAUUCACUGAUAAUGAGGGUAUAAUACUAUAUUUUAAAUGUUUAGACAAUAUACAUAAUUAUACAAAUACUGAGUACUCAACUGUACAAAAUGCACUUUAUCCUAACA